UCUAAGGAUAUAAGCAUUCGCUGUUCUGCAGUCCUCCGCUCUACCAACUGACUUCAUUUUACCUCAUUUGUGAGUUAGCUUGGAUUAUUUUUUAAUUAGGAAACUGGAAAUGCACGUUUGUUCUCUAUCGGGGAAUGUGCGAACAACAGGCAAAUGUUUUAGGCGCAUUUAUGCGGUAGGAAAAGGUUUCUUUUUCGAUCCGGAUUUCAGCAUUUAGUGUUCUACAGUCUUCCGCUCUAGCAACUGAGUUAUGGAUUUUAGAGAACUGUGGAUAAACUUGAAGUGUUUUGAAUUCUUCUGUAUGAUUGGAUUCGUACACCUUGACUAUUCUUUAAGAAACUGGAAAUGCACAUAUAAUUCUCUAUAGGGGGAUGUGCGAACAACAGGUAAAAAUAUUUUGGGGGGCGCAUUGAUGAAAAAUAUUCCUCCUUCGAGCCGGAUUUGAACCAGCGACCUAAGGAUUUCAGCAUUUUGCGUUCUACAGUCCUCCGCUCUACCAACUGAGCUAUCGAAGGGACAUGGAGAAAUCUUUGGAGCAAAAGGUACAUGUUUGUAUCGUAGCAUUGAGUUUAGUCUUCUCUACCGGAUGUUGAUCAACGUCGACCAUUCAGCAAUCGUGAGAUUUCCGUGUAUUGAGCGCUCGUCAGAACUGUCGACAUGUGUCCAAACGGGUCUUUCCAGGCACAACUUUCUUCAAUUAUGGAGACGCUGACGACGUCUGCCGUUGCAGAGAUUACAAAACUGGUCGAUUACAGUUCUGCCCUUCUAUUCUCGGAGAUAUCCCGACAACAAGGAGAGAACGACGCUCUUCGGAAGGCAUUGUACUGUAUGCAAAUCGAGCUCGGGACCGAGAGACCAAAGCAGGGCACCUCUUCUGUAGAUAUAUCUUUAGAAGUUCAGCUUUGCGACGAGAUCCAGAAUAAUAAAGGCGUGGGGGACCACUGGUUUCCGGACCAGCAGUUGGUUGUGAGUGAGAGGCACUAUGGAGUGGAUGCUGCCAUCGAAUUGGGAGAAACCAGUGCACCGCAGCGCAGAACAGCGAAGGAAGAAUGUCCUGACGUGAAACAGGUCAUUUUACAACCAGACCCUAAAGGUGAGGACAGGCCGGAGGAGGUUGUGGAGGCUAGUCACCCGGAGGAAGCAGAGCACAUCAUUAUCGGUGGAGAAGGAAAUGGUGGCCUGUCCCUAAAAGAUGAUUUCCAGGCCAUGGACGAGAGCCAGUCAGAGGCGUACCACAGCUCCACAGCAGAGCCCAAGGAAGAAGACACCAGCCAAGACUUCAGCGAGGAGCUGGAGAUGUGGGUCAAGUCUGAGUCGGGGUCAAAGAGCGACACCGUCAGCUUCACCCCCAGUGUCGCAGAAAACAAGAUGGUCGACCACCUCACGGGCAGGGAAAUGCACGCCUGUUCAUACUGCAACAAACGCUUCAACUACCGUAGCCAGGUGAUAAUCCACGAGCGGGUUCACACGAGGGAGAGGCCGUUCGUCUGCAAGCAGUGCGGCAAGGGUUUCUCCCAGAUUAACAACCUCAAGAAGCACCAGCUCUGUCACAGGGGAGGGGAGGGGAAUCACGAGUGCGGGGAGUGUGGAAAGGCGUUCUGCCACACCCAGAGCCUGAAGAAUCACAUGGUGGCAGCUCACGGCUUCGGUUCAAGGUUGGACUGCGAGACGUGCGGCAAGACGUUUCACAAUAAGAAAGCUCUCAUCGCACACUCCUCCAGUCACAGCAGGGCUUUUGGCUGCGAGAUAUGCGGGAAGGCUUUCGGUACGAAACAAACUCUUAAGACCCACCAGUUCACUCACACGGGGGAGCGUCCGUUCAUCUGCAACUACUGCGGCAAGAGCUUUGCCUACCUCUGUAACCUUAAAACUCACAACAGGGUUCACACUGGGGAGAAGCUCUUUGGCUGUGAGCUGUGUGGCAAGUGUUUCACUCAGAAACACUGCCUGGAGAAACACUUGUGUAUAGAUUAAAGAGCUGUAGAUACACAGAGUGACUACAGCAAACGACUGUCUAUGUUUACGUGUUGGCACCAAAUGUUCCAUGGCCGUAACAUUCUAAUCUGCGUUCUGACUAGAAUGUUGUGGUCCUGUAGUCUGGGUACCAGUCUGUUUAGCUAACGUUCCACUCCUUGUGCUAUGGGCCACAGAGACUGGCCUUUCUUCAAUCUCAGCGUUUAAUAUGCAGCUGGAUUUUGUGAGGAGUUGCUGAUUUGUUGUUGGAAAUAACGUUAUUGUUUGGCAAUGGCACAGAGUACAAGGAGUGGUAUGUUGUGGUCCUUCUGUAGCUCAGUUGGUAGAGCAUGGCGCUUGUAACGCCAGGGUAGUGGGUUUGAUCCCCGGGACCACCCAUAUGUAGAAUGUAUGCACACAUGACUGUAAGUCGCUUUGGAUAAAAGCGUCUGCUAAAUGGCAUAUAUUAUUAUUAUAUUAUUAUGUUAGUUAAACAGACUGGUACCCAUGCUAGUGGUCUUGUGCUAUCGUGGGGGAAAUUCUAAACCUAAAACCAAGUUUGUUGAACUCUGCGUAUUCUAUUGCUUUGUUGAGGAGACUUGAGUGUUUCUAGUAAAGUGUCUACAUGUGUGUGGGACAGAUUGACCUGUGCAUACAUUUAUUGUUUUUUCUUAUAAUAUCACAUUGUUAUUUUAGGUAAUUUGAUCAAUGUUUAGUUAAAUUUUAGCUGACAUUUUAAUUUGCACGAUUACGAAGUACAUCGACAUUUACGACUACAACUUCUAUCAUUACUGUGGCGGUAACAAUUAGUGUGAGGGGAUUGACACACAAAGCCAAAUCACCCCUUCACAUUCUGAUUGGACAGAAAUAGAUCACCCCCUGUUGAGUUAGGUUUCUCUCAAAGUUUAUUGGUCAUCACUAGCUUCCACAGCUACAAAGUCAUAAACCUGCCCGUUUCUACAGUUUCUCUUCUUACAUUUUGAUUUUAAACCUAACCACACUGCUAUUCUUAUACCUAUAACCCUAACCUUAACAUGAAGAGCAAAAAUGAAAAUACAUACAUUUUUACGAUAUAGCCAGUUUUGACCUUGCGGCUAGUGAAAAGUUUAUUCUGAUCAAGGUCGUUUUCCCUACUGACCUUUUUUACUGUACCACAAAUAUUAGCCUACAUAUAUUUUAUUUGUUUGUUUUAACAGAUGUAAUUUUGACAAAUCAGCUGGUAUUCACUGUGUACAUUAUAUCCAAUCCAUGCUUUAACGUUGUAAUGAUAAAAUAUUGUAUUCUGUCCUGAUUCUGUCCACAUAAAACUUUGAGAUUAUGGGAUA